GGUAAGCAAUUGUCGGGUGAGCAUUUGUCGGGUGAGCAUUUGUCAGGGGAGCAUUUGUCAGGGGAGCAUUUGUCGGGUGAGCAUUUGUCGGGUGAGCAUUGGUCAGGGAAGCGUUUGUCGGGUGAGCAUUUGUCGGGUGAGCAACUUUCCUUCACUCUCAGAGAAAAGGUGUUUCUUUAG